GCUAAAUUGAAAUUAAAACAGGGUGUUGAUUGGAAUAUUGAUGAAAGAAAAGAAUAGCAUAAAGCCCAUGGAGUAAACUGAUAGCGAAACGCUUCGAGGCCUGAACAACAAUGGCGUCCCCGACGAUCCAGAUAUCCCCAAUUCCUUCAUCUUCGCCUCUCCAACGCCUCUCAACCUUCAAAGACAGAACCACCACCACCGCCACCCCAGCUUCAGCUGCCGGAACCAUCACAUCACCACCGUCCUCCAUUCCAUUUUCAUCAUCACCACUCGAUUCUCUCUUCUCCGAUCUAAUUUUCUCCGUCUUCUUCUCCUCCGACUUCGACUUCACUCGCUUCUCCUCUACCACUUUCUCCUCCAGCUCCGCCACUGCCCGCACCGAGAAGCUCCAAGACGGCGUCCGCCUCCCCGAGAAGCAACUCUGCUCCGAAGUCCUCUCCAGCCACGACGAUCUCCUCUCCCAACUCUCCUCUCUCUGCGAUGCCGAAUCUGCAGUCUCUGGCCUCCGAUCUGCGAUCACCACUCUCCAAUCCUUCGCCCGCCGCGUUCUCUCUGAGAUCGCGGAUCCAAACCAUCAGAUCCGAUCCAAAACCCUACAACUCUCCAACCUCCACCGUACCACCGAGCUCCUCCAGUUCACUAUCUGCAUCCUCUGCCAAUCGAAGAAGUUUCGUGAUGUUAUGGCCGCUGGGGAAUCUGAACCUGAGAAGCUCGAUCUUGCCAAGGCCGCUCAAUUGCAUUGCGAGAUCUUGAGUUUAUGCAAUGAGAAUGAAGGUGUUCGGUAAAUUUUUUUUUCAACUUAAAUCAGCUUUUGCCUUAAAUUAAACUAUAUUGGUGUAUUUGGUACAACUUAUAAGGCACAAAUUAUGGCUUAAUUUAAGCCAUUUUCGGUUUAAAUGUAAAAGUUGCUCUAAGGGUGCUUAAUUUUACAGCUUAAGCGCGCAGCUAUUUUUGGAGGGACAAAAUGACUUAAAUGCCCCUCAUCAAUCUCAAAUAUUACUAAAUGGCCACUAUAUAAACUACAAUACAAAACACUGUUCACUCUUCUCAGAGAGUGAUUGGCGAUUUUUGACAGUGCUCUCUCUCUCUCGCUCUCUCUCUCUCUUGAUGAAGAUGAAGAUUUGGGUUGGUCAUCGAUGAAGAUGAAGAUGAAGAUCUGCACUCGACACGACGAGAUGAAGAUCGUUGAUGAAGAUGACGAUCUGUGGUUGGAUUGAUUGGGUUUGGAAGCUCGUUGAUGAAGAUAAAGAUCUAGGUUGAUCGUCGACGAAGAAGAGCUGUGUUUCCAGAGUUGCCGUCAUCGCGAUCUCAAGGAGAAACCCUAUGCAUCGCGAUCUGAACCAGAUCGCCGUCGUGCUGCCAUCGUCUCUCUCUCUCUCUGUGUGUGUGUGUUUCUCACGAACCAGUUCCCAUCUCCGGCAUUGUUCAGGCGGGUGAACGGUGACGAGCGACGGCACUUCCUCUCUGCCGUUCCAGAUCGCGGCAGUGGCUAGGGUUGCAGACCACCGGCGGCGGUGGCUAGGGUUUC